AUGGGGCGCGCUGGCCGCCAGUUCCGAGCCCUGCUGUGGAAGAAUUGGCUCUGCAGACUCAGGCACCCGGUCCUUUCCCUGGCUGAGUUCUUCUGGCCGUGUAUCCUGUUCAUGAUUCUGACAGUGCUGCGCUUUCAGGAACCUCCCAGACACAGGGACACUUGUUACUUGCAACCGCGGGAUCUGCCCAGCCAGGGUGUUCUUCCCUUUGUCCAGGGCCUUCUUUGUAACACCGGGUCAAGUUGCAGAAACAUCAGCUAUGGUGGGUUCAUGGAGCAUCAUCUUCGUUCAUCUAGGUUCCACACUGCAGCUGACCACAAGAAGGUCAACACCCUGGCCUUUUUACAAGAGAUACAAGACCUGGCUGAGGAAAUUUAUAGAACGACGGACAAGGCAAAGAACUUACAAAAACUUUGGGUAGAGCGAUCCAAGACUCUAGAUUCUUCUCAUGGAUCCAGUCUCUUAACUAUGGAUCUCAAUAAGACUGAGGAAGUAAUAGUGAAGCUGGAAAGGCUCCACCAGCUGCCUCACAUCUGGGACUUUCUCCUUUUAUUGCUGAGACUACACGAGCACCAUGUCCGCCCCGAAGACGGCCUACGCCUGGCAGCACAUUUCCUCCAGACGGUUUUGAACUUCCUAACAUCCCUAGAAGAUUUAGACUGGCUGCAGGUCAAUCACACUUUCUCCCAGGUUUCUGAAAUUGUGCUGAACGUGACCAUUUCGACACUGACGUCUCUGCAGCAACAUGGGGCAGCAGUCACUGAGAUGGAGUCCAGAUACCACCUGUCUCUGCAGGACAUAGUGUGGGAUCCACAGAAAGUCCGGUCUGAUCUCCAAUCCCAGUUUGGUUUUGAUGAUCUUCAUACAGGACAAAUCCUGAAUUAUUCAGCUGAACUGAAGGAGAUUCCCACAGGCAGUGCAUUAGACAGGAUGGUGUGUACCGUCUUGUCUAGGACAUCAGAAGACGAAACUCAAAGAGUGGGCCACCAUGGAGACUGUCACCCCAAGUGGUCAGAAGCCAAAAACUAUCUCGUCCGUGCGGUCAGCUGGCUGCAAGUCUACAAACAGGUGUUUCAUCAGUGGCGACAGGGUAGCCUGUUUCAGAAGAUACUCACAGGCCUGGUCCACAGCCUGGAGGUGCUCAGUGCUCAGCUUAAACAAGAGAGUGAGCCGUGGACGGUGGCAGAAGCUUUGCACACUGUGCUGCUCCUCCUGAAGGAUAGCUUGGCAGCAGAUGGCCUGAACGACAAUGUUACAUUUCCAAAAAUAUUACAGCAUCUGCAGAAAUUGCAGCGCAUGCUGCCAAGCCUGCCCCAGUGGCUGGCUCUGAAGAGAUUGCUUCAGCUUGAUGGAGCUCUCCGGAAUUCAAUAACCCAGAAUUUACGUUUUGUCCAAGAAAUCUUCAUUCUCCUGGAGACGUCAGCUAAUGAUUUUAAAUGGAUUGGACUUGACCGAUUGAAACUGAAAAAGGAUGUGUUCUUUUGGGAGUUGAAGCAGAUGUUGGUGAAGAAUGCUACUCCUGUCUGCCCAGAUGAGCGCUCGUCUGAGGAGGAGGCCCUCCCACCCUCUGCAAACUCCAGCAUCUGGGGUGGCCUCCUGGGACUGUUAUGCCAUCAUAAUUCCUCCAACGAGACUGGUGUUUUAAACAAACUACUUGGUUCAGUAGAGGAUGCUGAUCAUAUUUUACAAGAGGUCAUUACUGGGCUCACAAAUAAGCCAGUUUUAAUCCCUGAAGGAUAUUUGGACUGGCAGGAACUUGAGACACAGCUGUCAGGGACAGUCCUCUCCUGCACUCGGCUUUUCCAGCUGCUGGGAGCUGACACCUCAGCUGAGAAUGACAUCUUUUCUACUGGCUGUAAGCAUCAGCUUCUGUCCACAGUGAUAUUUCAUAUACUUGAAAAAGCACAAUUUUCCCUGGAACAAACAUAUUACUGGAAAGCCUUCACAGCGUUCAUCAGGAAGACUUGUGAAGGGGCUUGGUAUGUGAAUGUGCAAGAGAGUUUCCCGAAUAGUCUGUCUGCUUUCUUUGAGGAAUCUCCUUGUUAUGAAGAAAACAUGGAUUGGAAAAUCAUCAGUGAUAAUUACUUUACAUUUUUAAAUAACUUGCUGAAGUCUCCAGUGGCUUCCGUAUCCAGGACAUUAAAUUUCACAAAGCACCUUCUAAUGAUGGAAAAGAAUUUGCAUACCAUUGAGGAUGAACAAAUAAACUUUCUUUUAUCAUUUGUAGAAUUUGGGGAGAAAUUAUUAUUGCCUAAUUCUUUAAACUCACCCAGUGUUCCCAAAUUUCAUAACCUUCCAUCUCUCAUGGAGAAUAUUCUGAAUUCAAGUAUUUUGUGGAUGAAUCAUUUAAAAAGUUUAGAGAAAAACUCGUCUUUCGUUGAUACUCAGAAAUUUUUAGAACUUAGCAAAGAAGUAAUUGAAAAAAUGCAAACUCUUGUAAGUCACUGGAUAAGAAAGGAAUCAAGAAAUAUUUUGAGAUUCAUGAAAUUAAUCCUUUUUGAAAUUAAUCCCAAGUUACUGGAAUUGUGGCUCUAUGGAAUUUCAGAAGGAGAAAGAGCUGAAUUGGAAAACUUCUCUGCAAUUUUAAAUUCUUCUGCUCCUAAAAAUGCAAUUUUUAGUAAAUAUUUUAAUUUUUCUCAGUUAUUCUAUUCAGAUUGGACAAUAUCACCAGCUAUGAACAUUGAUUUUGUACAUUUAAGUGAAAUUAUAAUGAAUAGUCUCUAUGAAUUUGGGUUUCUGAGUCAGACCCAAGUCUUAGAAGCUCUGAACACAGUCUAUGCUAUAAGAAAUGUAACUGACCUUUUCUUAGUUCUUCCUGAACCUCAAAAACAAGAAGUUGAUAAAAUUUUGACUCAUAUAUAUCUAAAUGUCUUCAAGGACAAGGAUUCAGCUAUACUGCUACAAAUGUAUUCUGCAUUUUACCAAUAUCUGUAUGAAUUUCUGAGUAUUCCAAGAAGAGGGUAUUUGCUAACUUUCCUUGAGCAAAUCUCAAAACACAUUUUGGAUAUCUUAAAGCAAUUUCAUUUCCAAAAAAUCAGUAAAGCAUUUGCAUUUUUAUCUGAGACAGCAGAGGUUCUUGGGGGAAUUUCAAAAGUAUCCUAUUGUCAGCAAUUGCUUUCAAUUCUUAACUUUUUGGAGCUCCAAGCCCAAUCCCUGAUGUCUACAGAGGGUGAAGAGGUGGAAAUAAUCUAUGCUACUUUGACAGACUUCAAACAGCUUCUCACAGCAGAUGAAGAUUUUCGCAUUUCUUUAUUUCAAUAUGUGAAUCAACUCUUCAAUGAUUCAACAGAAGCCCUGUUAGAUAAUAAAUGCUUUGUUUUUGAUAAUAAACACAUUUCUUCUGUGAAUUAUUCAACAGACAGGGGAUCUUCUUUUAUUCUUCCAUGGGCACAAAUUUUUUCAGACCUCUCAGCAAAUGUCAGCAUGUCCAAAGAGGUUAUGGCCUUUCACUGUACUGUUUCAUGGCUCCAAAUGUGGACUGAAAUCUGGGGAGGCAUAGCUCAAAUAAUGAAGUUUGACAUAAAUGUUUUCACUUCUCUUCAUGUUGGUCUCACUCAACUUUUGAAUGAAUUGGAAAAUGUGAAAAUUUCUAAAAGCUGCCAGGGAAUACUUCCUAGUCAUCAUGUUGCUAGACUCCUAUUAAAUUUGUUUAAAAAUGUAACUCAAACUGAUGCCUUCCAUGAUUGGGAUGAUUUCCUGGAUCUCAGGGAUCUUUUGGUAGCACUAGGCAAUGCAUUAGCUCCAGUAAAAUCACUUAACCUGGCCCAAGUGGAGAAAUCCUUUUUUACCAUGGAAACUGCCCUGCAUCAGCUAAAGACAUUUCCAUUAAACACAAGUACGAGCAGAGAGUUUUUAUAUUCUCUGUGUGAAAUUUUCACUGAGUUCAGCAAUACCUCAGAAUAUGGAGGCAGAAACAUAAAUUUGACUACUCAGUUUCUUCCAAAUAAUCUCACAAAUUAUGGAGCAAAAUUUGAAAAUGUUAUCACUGAGCUAAGAGAAAUAAUAUUAUUUCUUAGAAAUGUGUUGCAUGACCAAGAUUUAUUGUCCUGUGUUAAUAUUUUCCAAAAUGUUACUGACUUUAUUUUAGAAAAUGGCUUAUUGUAUGUAAAUACCUCACAGAGGACAUUACAUAUUCUGACCAUAUUAAAUUCCACAUUUUCCUCUGAGAACACAUUUAGCAGAUUGAAAGGAUGCAUUGCAUGGGUAGAUGUCAUAAACCAUCUGUAUGUGAUAUAUAACUCAAGUUUUUCACAAGACCAUCUUCAAAGUAUUUUCGGGAGUUUCAGUGAUGAGGAAAACAAAAUGGACUCCAUGUUGAAAAUUGUAACUUCAAUGUUAACUAUAAAGGGACCUCUUUGUUCCCUGAAUGAAUCACAUGUAAGUUGUGUAAAUAUUUACCUGAAAGAUAUAACUGACUUCCUAAAUAUUAUACUUACCACAGUCUUUGAGAAAGAGAAGGAACCAAAAUUUGAGAUUUUAUUAGCCCUUUUAAAUGAUUCCACAAAGCAAGUGAAAAUGAUUCUCAGCAACUUAACAAGAGAUUUUGAUAUUGCAUCUCAAUCCAACUGGAAGCAUUUUACUGAGUUAUUCGUAAGACCCAUAGAAAUGUCAGAUGAAAUUCCUAAUCAGUUUCAAAAUAUGUGGUUGUAUUUCAUAGAACUUGGGAAGGAAUUUCAGAAACUUGUGAAACAUGUUUCCCCCAACAUUAUGGAAAAUAACUCGUCUUCUGAAUCUGAGAAGUUUUUUAGUGUAUUUGCCACCAGUCCAAAGGAAAAGCAUGCCAACAGAGUGCGCGAUUCCAUUUAUCGUUUAGCUAGUUACCUUGCCCUCAACUUGUCUCAUGAUCUCCAAAAUUCACCAAAAAUAAUUUCACAUGAAAUAAUGAAAGUUGUGGGUCUUUGUACUCAGCUGAUGAGGGACGUGUUCAACUCCUUAAUGCCUACAGUUCAUUAUAAUAUUCCACAAAAUAUAAGUCACGUUUUGGAGAAAGUAACUUCGCUUAUGCGUUCUGUCAAGAAGGCAGACAUAGACCUGUUGGUAGCUCAGCUUGAACAAAUUAGUGCAGACCUGAUGGAUUUCUUUAAGAAUAUCAGUAUAGUAGGAACUGGCAAUUCAGGAGUCAACUUGCUUGUUGGUUUAAUGGAAAAAUUUGCAGAAAGUUCACAUUCUUGGAACAUUAACCACCUGCUGCGGCUCUCACGUCUGUUCCCUAAAGAGGAUGUGAAUGCUGUGGUGGAGGCCUACUACAUGCUUCCUCGGGCCGUGAGGCUGCUGCAGAGAGUGGCUGAUAAAAAUAUCACUGAGGGCCUCAAAGAUGUCUAUGACUUCACGCUCACUCAUGGCAUAAGCAUUUCAAACAUUACUAAGGAAGAUUUUGCUAUUGUGAUAAAAACUCUUUUGGAUUUCAUUGAACUAAUAUCAGAUCAACCAAAUAUCAUUUCAGAGGUUUUAACUUGCCUUCCAGUGAUCUGGUGCUGGAAUCACACAACUUCUGGAUUUCAGCAGGACACAAAGUUGAAAGCCUGUUAUGUCCGAGAGUCUUCCUCCUUUUACAGCAAAGUGACCACUGUACUUGACCACCUUCACUUGUCUCCUCCAGUGGAAGAUUCACAGUGUUCAGAUGGAAGCUCCCACACAGAAAUAACUAGGAAAGUGGUCUGUGGCAUUCAUGAGUUAGUGGGGUGGAAUUCCAUUCUGCUAGAACUGUCUGAAACUUCACUUACGAAAACUGUGCAAGAAUUUUGGCAUAAAAUAUUACCAUUUGUUUUAUCUUCUGAAAAUGACAGCAUCUCUGAACUUUGUCCUGAUAGUCCCAUAAAGCAAGUUGCUUUGCAACUCAUAGAAAAACUAAAAAAUGUCAAUGUUACAAACAUUCCAUCAGGUGAAAACAUUCUUGACAAACUAGCUAGUUUACACAAGAUCUUUAAUAUUAAUGGAGGCACAGAGUCAUCUGCUCAUAAUAAUAUUUCCUUAAAUUUGAAAAGUAUGAGAAAAUUGAUUUCUAGGGAUUGGAGCCUAGGAAAUAGUAUGCAUGGAAUGCUCUCUUCAUUUAUGACACUUCUGAAUGCAAGUCUUACAGGCAGUGGUUUAGAAGCAUUAUCAAGUUUUAUAGAAAAAAGUGAAGCCACUUUCAACUUUGAAGAACCGUGGCUUGAGUUUGAACAAACUGUGAAAGACCUGAAAGACUUAACCCAAGACUUUAGUUUCAGGCACCUGUUCUCUGAACUGAACAAAGAAAUGCAAAGUAUAAAUUCAGUGGAUCUUCAAAACAUAACUUUGCAACUUGUCCAUUUCCUGGAAAUCAUGGAUUUAUCAUCAAUAAACACAUUAGAAAUGACAGAGGAUUUUCUAUUCAUCAUGAAAAACUGGCUUCAUAAAUAUGCAAAUGAAGAUUACUCCAGAAUGAUGCAAACGUUAUUUCUUCUUAUGGCAAAUGAGAGCUCAACUGAUGAUAUAGCUUUGUUGACUAGAGAUAUUAUUACCUCUUUUGGCUCCCUAAAAAACUUUUCUAGGGAAGGCAAUUCUGAUGUCGCCUUUCUUACUCAUCUGCUAAAUCCAGAACAGCUAACUAAUUUCUCGGUUGCUCAGUUGCUAAUUAAUUCAAUCAAUAACUUAGCUGGGAGUUCUCAAGAAGUGGCCUCAAAUUUAAGUGAAGCCGACCUUCAAAUAAUGAAUUUCAUUAACCUCACCUUGAACCAUAUAGAGUUAGAAGCUCAGGGGAAAAUAAUUCUCCCUCCAAGAAACAUAGUGGACUUCAUAGAACAGCUUUUGAAAACAUUCUUCUCCUUUUUAAUUGAGGAAAAUUCUGAGAACAAAAUAUCUCUUCUGUUAAAAGACUUGCACAAAGAUGUUAUUGCAGAGAUGAGUUUUGUCCCAAAAGAUAAAAUUCUAGAAAUUCUGAAACUGGAUCAAUUUCUUACCUUGAUGAAAGAAGACAGAUGGAUUAGUAUUUUCUCAAGUUUAAAGGAGACUAUAUAUGAUCUAAUCAAAAACUCAUUUGGAUUAGACAGUGGAGAAUUUUAUUUUGAUAGUCACCGAGGACUGGAGUUCAUGCAGGAUUUAGUUAACACUCUUCUAAGGGAAACCUCCAUGAAAAAUAAGACUGAAAAUAAUUUGGACUUUUUUGCAGUGGUGAGUCAAUUGCUUUUUCAUAUGAAUAAUUCUGAGCACCUCUUCAAACUCAAUCAGGAUCUUAGGUCAGCUCUUUCCCUUGUGAGAGAAUGUUCAGCAGAAACAGCAAAUCUUAUGGAUACUCUUUUAAACUCUUCUAAUAAGGACUUUCGUACCUUGUAUCCUAGACUCCAAGAAGUUGUACUUGCUAAUCUUACAGAUUUGCUUUUCUUGAUAAAUAAUUCAUUCCUUCUAAGAAACAGUGCAACAUUAGAAAUUACUAGGAGAUUACUUGGUGCUAUUUCAAGAGUUGGUGAAGAAAGUUUUAUCCCAGAACCCCUUUUAGAAAUGUCUCAGACUCUGGCCAUGCUGUUGAAUGACAGUGCUGACCUGAGAGAUCGUGCCACAUUAGUGGAUUCUAUUGUGAAGCUCCUUAAACUGGCCAAGAAAGUUUCAUUGAAGAUUGACAAAAUUUUUAAAGCUCAUUUUGUCUCUGAUACCAAGGAUGCUAUGAAAUUCUUUGACACUCUCUAUUCCAUCAUGCAACAAGGUGUUCAACAUCUCCUGAAGCAAAUAGCUACUUGGGAAAAAGUAGAUGGUUUCAUAUUUGAAAAGAUAAAUGUCUUGUUGAAACCCUUUCUUGACUUGGCAUUUGGAAGGACUGGAGUCAAACCUUCUGUAUCAGAGGACUCUGAUGUUUUCAAUAUGUCAUUCUUCAUACUCUCAUAUGUGAACCAAUCCGAGGACUUUUCUGAUACUUUGGAAGAAAUCGCUGAAUUUUUAACAUCCACAAAAAUCAACUUGGGAGAAAUGGAGCGUCUUGUGGUAGCAUUUAAUAAUGGGACCCAAACAUUUUCUCUGGAUUCAGUCAACUCCUGGGAAGGAAUUCUAGAUUGCCUAGUUCCUAUAAAUAAUAUCACCAAUCAAAUGGACUUCUUACAUCCUAAUCCAACUUCCACAAAGAUUUACCCUCAAGACAUAAGAUGGGAAGUAAUUCAUGAAGUGAUCUCUUUUUGGGAUAAAAUGUUAUCACAAAACAGCACAGAAAUAGGGUCUUACUUGAAAAAGGUGAUUGAUCUCAGCUUAGAACCUCUUUGGAACAGUUUAAAGAAGGAUCAUUGGGAUGUUUUUAAUCUGUUGCUGACAUUUCUGCAGCAUCCACAUAACCUUUUGAAAACCAUAGAAACAGUUGUGGAGGCCUCCAGUGGAAUUAAAAACGGCUAUGGGGAUGAUUUGAGUAAAGUUUUAUUUUUUGACACAUCUUUGACUCAGAACAUAACUCAUCAACUUGAGAAAGCAGUCCAGGUUGUUUUAAGUAGACUAGUUCUUUGGCGGAAAGGGCUUCUGCCAAACAACAGCCAGUGGAUAAAUUCCACAAGAACUUUGUUUCUACCAGUUUUUGAGAUUUUGAUUAAUGCAACCACUGGAAAGAAUGUCACAUCAGAAAAAGAGAACAAGACCAAGGAAGAGAUGAUCAAUUUUUCAUAUGGCUUCAAAUUAUUAUCACGUUUUGAGAAAUACCUGAAGGGAUUAUUUGCAUUAACUAAAUACUGGCAAAAAAUCUCACUGACAGACCAAAGUGUUGUUGAGAUGUGUCAAGUUUCCCGGCAUCCUGUGAAGCCUUCAGCGGCCAUCAAGAUGCUGCAGAAAGUGAAGAUGACGGUUUUGCAUGUGCUCAUGGCCUUUGCAGAAAACCCUUCCUUGACCAAGGACAUUUUGUGUGCUACUCUGAGUUGCAAGCAAGGUGGGAUACGGCAUCUCGUUUUAUCUGCCAUCCAAGGUGUCACUUUGGCACGUGACCACUAUCAGGAAAUCAAAACCAUAUGGUCCUCGCCUAAUCAGCUAAAUUGUGAAAGUCUUGGCAGGAACCUUGGAAAUCUUUCUAGAACCUUGGAAAACUUCAAAAGCAGCUUGGAAAACGCCAGUGACCAGGACUGCACCUGCCAGCCCGGCCUGGACACCUUGCAGCGGCUCAUGCAAACGUUGGCCAAAAGCCUUGAAGAGACUUGGUCAUCAGGGAACCCCAUUAUGACUUUUCUUAGUGAUUUCACAGUAUCUGAGGAUGUGAAAGUAAAAGAUUUGAUGAAAAACGUGACCAAGUUGACCGAAGAGCUUCGCUCUUCCAUCCACAUCUCAGAUGAAACUAUCCGUAGCAUUUUAGAAGCGAAUGUUUCCCACUCCAAGGUCCUGUCUAGUGCCCUCACCAUUGCUCUGUCUGGAAGGUGUGAUCCAGAAAUCCUUCAACUCCUGCUGACAUUUCCUAAGGAUGAAACAUCUUGGUUUGCAGUGAAGGAACUCUGUGGUCUGCCAGGGUCCAAAGUGCUUCCUCUGAUUGUGCUGAUGAGCCGAAACCUGAAUGUGCGGACUUUCAUUUACAAGACUCUGAUACCUUCAGAAGCGAAUGGUCUGCUCCGCUCCCUCCUGGAUGUGGUUUCCAGCCUCAGCUUUGUGCUCGCCAGAGGCCAGCAUGUCUUUGAAUACCUUCCCGAAUUCCUUCAGGCAUUUCAAAUCACCGCCAUACUAGAUAUGCCUGACUUCCAACUGGUGUCACAAAAUAUCCAGGCCAGACGUUCAGUCUUCCAGUCUUUCCAGCCUGUGCUGAAGAUGGUUUGCAAGGACCAAGCAUCAUUUCUUAGCAAUUCUAACAUGUUCAUCAAUUUGCCCAGAGUUAACGAACUCUUGGAAGGGGACAAAGAAAAAUUCAACAUUCCUGAAGAUUCGACGCCGUUUUGCUUAAAGCUUUAUCAGGAAAUUCUACAGUUUCCAAAUGGUGCAUUGGUGUGGUCCUUUCUGAAGCCCAUGUUACAUGGAAAAAUACUGUACACACCAAAUACUCCGGAGAUUAACAAGGUCAUUCAAAAGGCUAACUACACCUUUUAUUUUGUGGACAAGCUAAAAACUUUAUCUGAAACACUGCUGAACUUGUUUAGUCUUUUCCAGAGAAGUGGAAAUGGCGAGAUGUUCUACCGACUGCAGGAAGCCCUGAGAAAUAAAUUCAUAAGAAACUUUGUAGAAAGCCAGUUGCACAUUGACGUCAACAAACUCACUGAAAAACUCCAGAUAUAUGGAGGGGUGCUGGACAAGAUGCUUAACCACCCGGGGGCCGGGCGCUUCCGCCUCUUGGGCAGCAUGCUGGUCAAUCUCUCCUCCUGCGUGGUGUUGAACCGUUUCCAGGCUGUGGAGUCUGUGGACGCCCUGGAGAGGAGAGCACACGAACUCAUGCAGCAGAACAACUUCCUGGCCAGUGUCAUAUUCAACAGUUCCAUAUUAGGAAAGAACUUCAGAUCAGAGACCCCCAAACUACCUCCCCACGUCACAUACACAAUUCGGACCAGUGUCUUAUACAGCAUGAGAACAGACUUGGUGAAAAACCCUUCCUGGAAGUUCCAUCCUCAGAGUCUACCAGCCAGUGGGUUCAAAUACAACUACAUCUUUGUCCCACUGCAAGACAUGAUCGAAAGAGCCAUCAUUUCAGUGCAGACUGGGCAGGAAGCUCCGGAGCCCCCAGCGCAGACGCAAGGGAUUCCCUACCCCUGCCACACCAGCGACCUAUUCCUGAACAACGUUGGAUUCUUUUUUCCACUGAUAAUGAUGCUGACUUGGAUCGUGUCUGUGGCCAGCAUGGUCCGAAAGCUGGUUUAUGAACGAGAGAUCCAGAUAGAAGAGUACAUGCGGAUGAUGGGCGUGCAUCCAACGAUCCACUUCCUGGCCUGGUUUCUGGAGAACAUGGCUGUGCUGACCAUAAGCAGUGCCACCCUGGCCAUCAUUCUGAAAACAAGCGGCAUCUUUGCACACAGCAAUGCCAUUAUUGUUUUCCUCUUUCUCUUGGAUUUUGGGGUGUCGGUUGUCAUGCUGAGUUACUGCUUGAGUGCAUUUUUCCGCCAAGCUAAUACAGCCGCGCUGUGUACCAGCCUGGUGUACAUGAUCAGCUUUCUGCCCUACAUAGUUCUGUUGGUGCUGCAUAACCAAUUGAGUUUUGUCAUUCAGACAUUCCUGUGUUUCCUCUCAACAACUGCUUUUGGACAAGGAGUAUUUUUCAUUACAUUCUUGGAAGGACAAGAGGCAGGGAUUCAGUGGAAUAAUAUGUACCAGGCUCCGGAACAAGGGGGCAUGACAUUUGGUUGGGUUUGCUGGAUGAUUCUGUUUGAUUCAAGCCUUUAUUUUUUGUGUGGAUGGUACUUCAGCAACUUGAUAACUGGAACUUUUGGUUUAAGGAAACCGUGGUAUUUCCCCUUUACUUCCCCUUACUGGAAGAGCCUGGGUGGCUUGCUGGAGAAGAGGCAGCACUCUCUGAGUUCUGGUCUGUUCUUCUUCAACGAGGACUUUGGAAACAAAGGGUCACCACCACAAAACAAGGAAGGAGAGCUUGAAGGAGGUUCCCCGGGUGUCGUCCUGGUGUCUGUGACCAAGGAAUAUGAAGGCCACAAGGUGGCAGUCCGAGACCUCACCCUCACCUUCCAUAGAGACCAGAUCACGGCCCUGCUGGGGACGAAUGGUGCUGGGAAAACCACCAUCAUAUCCAUGUUGACGGGGCUCUACCCUCCCACUUCUGGAACCAUCACCAUCAAUGGCAUGAGCCUGCAGACAGACUUGUUGAGGAUCAGAAGGGAGCUGGGAGUGUGUCCACAGCAGGACAUCUUGUUGGACAGCCUCACCAUCCGGGAACAUCUGUUGCUCUUUGCUUCCAUAAAGGCGCCUCAGUGGACCAAGAAGGAGCUGUACCAGCAAGUCAAUAAAACUCUUCAGGAUGUGGACUUGACCCAGCAUCAGCACAAGCAGAUCGGAGCGCUGUCUGGAGGCAUGAAGAGGAAGCUGUCCAUCGGCAUUGCUUUCCUGGGCACAUCGAGCACUGUGGUUCUGGAUGAGCCCACCAGCGGCGUGGACCCCUGCUCCCGCUGCAGCCUCUGGGACAUUCUGCUCAAGUACCGAGAAGGUCGCACGAUCAUCUUCACAACUCACCACCUGGAUGAAGCGGAGGUGCUCAGUGACCGUGUGGCCGUCCUCCAGCAGGGCCAGCUCAGGUGCUGUGGCCACCCCUCCUGCCUGAAGGACGCAUAUGGCCAGGGGCUCAGCCUGACCCUCACGAAGCAGCCUUCUGUUUUGGAGGUCCAUGAUCCAAAAUACAUAGCUCGUGUUACAUCCCUUAUCCAGAACUACAUUCCGCAAGCAUUUCUGAAAAUCAGCAGUGGGGGUGAACUGACCUACACCAUUCCACAGGAUGCAGACAGGACCUGCUUCAAAGGGCUCUUCCAGGCACUGGAUCAGAACCUACAAGCUCUGCACCUGACAGGCUAUGGGAUCUCAGACCCUACCCUGGAGGAGGUGUUUUUGAUGCUUUUGCAAGAUUCCAACAAGAAAUCUCACAUGGCCCCUGGGAUGGAGUUAGAGCAACAGCACCGAGGGCCUGCAGGACAUCCACCUGGCUACUGUGACUGUCGGGCUCGGCCCCCACCCCUGUGUGGCGGCCAGCUGAUCUGCACCCAGAUGGCCGCCCUCCUGGUGACCCGGCUGCGCCACACGGGCCGCGCCUGGAAAAGUGCCAUCUGGCGCCUGCUGCUGCCCGUCCUCUUCGUGGCCUUGGCCAUGGGCUUAUUCAUGGUGAGGCCCCUGGCCACUGACUACCCUCCUCUCAGAAUGAUGCCUGGCCAUUACCAGACGGCCGAAACUUACUUUUUCAGCAGUGAGAAUGAUAACACGGACCUCACCCAUGUGCUUCUGCAGAAGUUUAGAGAUCAAGGUCUGCUCUGUGCUGACUUAAACCCAGAUUUGAAGAAUUCUUCAUGCUGGCACAUGGAUCCUUUUUCUCACCUGGAAUUCCAGGAUUCAUGUGGCUGCUUGAAGUGUCCAAACAGGAGUGCCAGGGCCCCCUACCUGACCAGCCGCCUGGGCCACACGCUGUUGAAUCUCUCAGCCUUCAACCUGGAGGAGUACCUGCUGGAGCCCUCUGAAAAACCAAGGCUUGGAGGUUGGUCUUUUGGAGUGCGAACCCCCAGGGAAGCUGGAAACAUGAAUGCAAACUUAUCAAAUCCCAAACUUCUGACAAAGGUGUGGUAUAACCAGAAGGGUUUUCAUGCCCUACCUUCUUACUUAAAUCAUCUAAACAACCUUAUUUUAUGGCGGCACUUACCUCCUGCUGUGGACUGGAGAAAAUACGGAAUAACACUCUACAGCCACCCAUAUGGAGGGGCCUUGCUGAAUGAGGACAAGAUCCUGGAGAGCAUUCGCCAGUGUGGUGUCGCCCUCUGCAUUGUGCUGGGAUUCUCUAUCCUGUCUGCAGCGAUUGGUAGCUCUGUGGUGAGGGACAGGGUGACUGGAGCCAAGAGACUGCAGCACAUAAGUGGACUCGGCCACAGGACGUACUGGGUCACUCACUUCCUCUAUGACAUGCUCUUUUACUCGGUUUCUGUCUGCCUGUGUGUUGCCGUUAUUGCCGCCUUCCAGUUAACAGCUUUCACUUUCCGUGAGAACUUGGCAGCCACAGCCCUCCUGCUGCUACUUUUCGGAUAUGCAACUCUUCCAUGGAUGUAUCUGAUUUCCAGAAUCUUCUCCAGCUCAGACGUGGCUUUCAUCUCCUACAUCUCAUUAAACUUCAUCUUUGGCCUCUGCACCAUGCUCAUGACCACCAUGCCCCGGUUACUGGCCAUCAUCUCCAAAGCUAAGAAUUUACAGAACAUCUAUGAUGUCCUCAAGUGGGUAUUUACUAUUUUCCCUCAGUUCUGCCUGGGUCAAGGACUGAUAGAACUCUGUUAUAAUCAGAUCAAAUAUGACCUGACACACAACUUCGGCAUUGAUUCCUAUGUGAGUCCCUUUGAGAUGAAGUUCCUGGGCUGGAUCUUUGUAGAAUUGACCUUACAGGGCACAGUUCUUCUCCUUCUGAGGAUUCUGCUGCACUGGGACCUUCUGCAGUGGCCAAGGCGUCGCUCUGCCCUCCAAGGCAUCGUCAAAUCUUCUAAGGAUAUAGAUGUUGAAAAAGAGCGAAUGAGGGUGUUUGAAGGAAGGACGGGUGGAGACAUCCUUGUGUUACACAACCUUAGUAAAAGCUAUCAAAGCUUUUUCCAGAAGAUCACUGCUGUGCAAGAUAUUAGUUUGGGCAUCCCGAAAGGAGAGUGCUUUGGACUUCUAGGGGUGAAUGGAGCUGGGAAGAGCACAACCUUCAAAAUGAUGAAUGGUGAGAUUUCCCCGACUUCAGGAUGUGCUGUCAUCAGGACGUCCAGGGGAGGGGAGCUGGACCUGUCUUCUGCGGGUGCGGCAGGCGUGCUCCUUGGCUACUGUCCACAGAAGGAUGCCCUGGAUGAGCUUCUGACGGGUUGGGAACAUCUCCACUACUACUGCAGCUUACGUGGGAUUCCGAAGCAGUACAUCUCUCAAGUUUCUGGAGACCUCGUGAGGCGCUUACACCUCGAAGCCCAUGCCAAUAAACCUGUGGCCACCUACAGUGGGGGAACCAGGCGGAAACUCUCUACAGCCCUGGCCCUGGUGGGGAAACCUGACAUUCUUUUAUUGGAUGAGCCUAGCUCUGGGAUGGACCCCUGCUCUAAGCGGUACCUGUGGCAAACAAUAACGAAGGAGGUUCAGGAAGGCUGUGCUGCAGUGCUGACUUCACACAGCAUGGAAGAGUGUGAGGCGCUCUGCACAAGACUGGCCAUCAUGGUUGACGGCAGCUUUAGGUGUCUUGGUUCUCCUCAGCACCUUAAAAAUAGAUUUGGUGAUGGCUAUACAGUCAAAGUUUGGCUCUGUAAGGAAACAAAUCACCAUCAUACUGUUUCUGACUGCCUGAAGCUCUAUUUCCCAGGGAUCCAGUUUAAGGGACAGCACCUCAAUUUACUGGAAUAUCAUGUGCCAAAAAGAUGGGGAUGCUUAGCUGACUUGUUCAAAGUUCUGGAGAACAAUAAGACCUUCUUGAAUAUCAAGCAUUACUCCAUUAACCAAACCACUUUGGAGCAGAUAUUUAUUAAUUUUGCUACUGAGCAACAGCCAACUCUGGAAUCUACUUUUAUUCCAUCCACUGACCAUCAUCACCGGCAUCAUCUGCCCGUCUAA